UGUAACUUCGUGUGAACUUUCACUUAUUCAAUUUCUCACCAUACAAAUUAAAGUCAUCUUCUGCGUUAUAUCUUUGGCUGCCAUUAAUGUUUCCCCACCAACUCUUUCAUGCCAUAUAGAAUGAUAGCUACUUAAUUAUAUCUUUCUCCGCAGCUACUUAAUUUCUUCUCAUAAAUUCUGAGGUUUAAUAGUUUAGUCAUCAUCAAAACAGCAAGAGCAAGCAUGAGAUCAGUAAGUUCCCCUGGUUUCUUCUUCCUUUUGUUUCUUGCUGCCUUUAGCUUUGCCAACUUUGCUUCUGGAGCCACUCUGCUUCAAGAUGAAGUGAAAGCUCUGGAAGAUAUAGCCAAGACACUUGGGAAGAAGGACUGGGAUUUCAACGUAGAUCCGUGCAGUGGACAACGUAAUUGGACUUCUGCGGUUCAAGUGAAAGGGAGUGAAAACAAUGUCACAUGUGAUUGUACCUUUGCCAAUGGCACCGUCUGCCAUGUCACCAACAUACUUUUGAAAUCACAAAACCUCCCUGGCACUCUCCCUCGGGAUUUGUUCAGGUUGCCUUUCCUUCAAGAAAUUGACCUUACUCGCAACUACCUAAACGGUACAAUUCCUAAAGAAUGGGGCUCCACGAAACUUGCCAUAAUUUCCCUCCUAGGAAAUCGAUUAACAGGUUCAAUACCAAUAGAGAUAGCAAACAUAUCCACUCUUCAAAGUUUGGUCUUGGAGGGCAAUCAACUGUCUGGAAAUCUUCCUCCUGAGCUUGGGAAUCUAACCCAAAUUCAAAGACUGCUACUUUCCUCCAACAAUUUUAUUGGAGAAUUACCAGUAACAUUGGUCAAGCUCACUACGUUGCAGGAUAUUCGAAUUGGGGAUAAUCAAUUCUCUGGGAAGAUACCUAAUUUUAUUCAAAGCUUGACAAGUCUCCAAAAACUAGUGAUUCAAGGGAGUGGAUUAAGCGGGCCAAUUCCGUCUGGAAUUUCAUUUCUAGAAAACUUAACGGACUUGAGAAUUAGUGAUCUGAAUGGAUCUGAACAUUCUCUUUUCCCACAACUUAAUCAGAUGAAGAACUUGAAAUAUCUGAUUCUAAGGAAUUGCAACAUCAAUGGAACACUACCUCCAUAUCUUGGGAAUAUGACAACUUUAAAAAACUUAGACCUUAGCUUUAACAAAUUGACUGGACCAAUUCCAAGUACCUAUGAUGCCCUAAGAAAAGUGGAUUACAUAUAUUUAACUGGGAAUCUUCUCAAUGGACAAGUACCUGCAUGGACAGAGAAAAGUGACAAUGUGGAUAUUUCAUUUAACAACUUCAGCGUCACAAGCCAAGGGAGUACAUGUCAAAUUGGAAAUGUGAACUUGUUUGCUAGCUCUAUGACGCACAAUGACUCAGGAACAGUUGCAUGCUUAGGAAGCAGUGUCUGUCAAGAAACGUUAUAUUCUCUUCAUAUAAAUUGUGGAGGAAAGAUAGUAACAGACAAUGGAAGCACAUAUGAUGAUGAUUCAGAUACUGGAGGUCCAGCAAGAUUUCACCGAAGUGGAACAAAAAAUUGGGCAUAUAUCAAUACUGGUAACUUUAUGGAUAAUGACGCUGGCGCCUAUUAUAUCGUGCAAAAUAAAACUUUGCUUUCUAUGGACAAUGUUGACCUAUACAUGGAUGCUCGAGUUUCUCCCAUUUCUCUUACUUACUAUGGAUUUUGCCUGGGAAAUGGAAACUACACGGUUAAUCUACAUUUUGCGGAAAUCAUGUUCAUUGAUGAUCAAACAUUUAACAGCUUAGGAAGACGAGUAUUUGACAUCUAUAUUCAGGGAGCGCUAGUGAAGAAGGACUUUGAUAUUGUAGAAGAAGCAGGAGGAAUUGGUAAGGCAGUCAUCACAUCAUUCACUGCUGUUGUGACUAGUAAUACCUUGGAGAUCCGCUUGUAUUGGGCUGGAAAAGGAACAACCAGUCUUCCAUUUAGAUCAGUAUAUGGUCCUCUUAUAUCAGCUAUAUCUGUGGAACCUGAUUUUACACCUCCUUCGAAAAACAAAAGUAGCAUAUCUGUAGGAGUUGUGGUUGGAGUUGUGGCAGCAGGAGCAGUUGUUAUCAUCCUUGUACUUGGUAUACUUUGGUGGAAAGGCUGCUUCGGAAAGAAAAGUUCUUUAGAGAGAGAGCUACAAGGUUUAGACCUGCGAACGGGUUUGUUUACUUUAAGACAAAUCAAAGCAGCGACAAACAACUUUGAUGUUGCCAAUAAGAUUGGAGAAGGAGGUUUUGGUCCUGUGUACAAGGGAUGUUUCUCAGAUGGAACACUAAUAGCUGUCAAACAACUUUCUUCUAAAUCAAGGCAAGGGAAUCGUGAGUUUUUAAAUGAGAUAGGCAUGAUUUCUGCUCUGCAGCAUCCUCAUCUUGUUAAACUCUAUGGAUGUUGUGUGGAGGGAGAUCAACUAUUGUUGGUAUAUGAAUAUAUGGAAAACAAUAGUCUUGCUCGCGCUCUAUUUGGCGCCGAAGAACACCAAAUAAAAUUGGACUGGACAACAAGAUACAAGAUUUGUGUUGGUAUUGCUAGAGGUUUGGCAUACCUCCAUGAAGAAUCAAGAUUGAAGAUUGUUCAUAGGGACAUUAAGGCAACUAAUGUGUUGCUUGAUCAAGAUCUCAAUCCAAAAAUAUCAGACUUUGGUUUGGCCAAGCUUGAUGAAGAGGACAACACUCAUAUUAGCACCCGAAUAGCUGGGACAUUUGGAUAUAUGGCUCCAGAAUAUGCCAUGCAUGGUUACUUGACUGAUAAAGCAGACGUCUAUAGCUUUGGAAUUGUUGCUUUGGAAAUCAUAAACGGAAGGAGCAAUACUAUUCACCGACAAAAAGAAGAAUCAUUCUCUGUUCUUGAAUGGGCACAUCUGUUGAGAGAGAAAGGAGAUAUAAUGGAUCUAGUUGAUAGAAGAUUAGGUUUAGAGUUCAACAAAGAGGAGGCGCUAGUGAUGAUCAAGGUAGCUCUCUUAUGCACUAAUGUGACUGCAGCACUUAGGCCAACCAUGUCAUCGGUGGUCAGCAUGCUAGAAGGAAAAAUUGUUGUUGAUGAAGAGUUUUCUGGAGAGACAACUGAGGUAUUGGAUGAGAAGAAAAUGGAGAAAAUGAGAUUGUAUUACCAAGAGCUGAGUAACUCAAAGGAAGAACCAUGGACAGCUUCAUCUACUUCUGUAGCAGAUCUUUAUCCUGUGGGCCUAGAUUCUUCUUACUUGGAGAAGAGAGAUUAAAGACUUUGGAGAAAAGUUGCUUUAAUUUUGUAUUAAUUAUUUUGUUGUGAGUUUAUGUGCAAAAUUCAUUUCUUUCUUGUAAAUCUAUUUGUGAUUGUUUGAACGUGUGCAAAUGUAUGCAUCAGUAGCUUUGGUUUUUUAUUUUUUAUUUUUAUGUUUAAUUAUUUACCAAGUUUUAAGGAGUUUGUUGUUAGGUUGUCUGAUUGUUAUGUGUGAGUAACUUAGCAGCUUAAGCUUAGUUGCUGAAGUUUAGCUAGUUAGUUGUUAUUUUCAGUUUUUCAGUUUUUUAACUUAAUCUAUUUAAGCAAUAUCUGAUGCAAUCAAUAAAAGUGUGCAUUUUUGUUAUUUACAA